CAGUGGCUCAAUCGUGUCCGACUCUCUACAACCCCAUGGGCUGCAACAUGUCAGGCUUCCCUGUCCAUCACCAACUCCCAGAGUUUACUCAAACCCAUGUCCAUUGAGUCAGUGAUGCCAUCCAACCACCUCAUUCUCUGUUGUCCCCUUCUCCUCCUGCCUUCAAUCUUUCCCAGCAUCAGGGUCUUUUCCAAUGAGUCAGCUCUUCACAUCAGGUGGCCAAAGUAUUGGAGUUUCAACUUCAGCAUCAGUCCUUCCAAUGAACACCCAGGACUGAUCUCCUUUAGAAUUGACUGGUUGGAUCUCCUUGCAGUCCAAGGGAUUCUCAAAAGUCUUCUCCAACACCACAAUUCAAAAGCAUCAUGCUCAGCUUUCUUUUUGGUCCAACUCUCACAUUUAUACAUGACUACUGGAAAAACCAUAGCUUUGACUAGAUAGACCUUUGUUGGCAAAGCAAUGUCUCUGUUGGCAAAGUAAUAUGCUGUUUAGGUUGGUCACAACUUUUCUUCCAAGGAGCGCCACCCACACUCUUGUCCGGUCCCUGGUCCCUCUGUCCGGGCAGGAGCCUGGCCCCGCUGACCUGUCUCUGUCUGCUGACCUGUGUCUGUCCACAUUGACCACAAGCCUCAGAUACCCUGAAAGUUGGAGUGAUUCAAUGACCUCUAAAGUUCUUUCAGCUCUGAAGAAGGUGGUUCAGAAACACUUGGUUGUGCCUGAGCUGAAAUCUACUCCCCAGUAUUGGUGGAGGCGUUGGGAGCAGCUUCCAUCAGGACCCUGUUGCGCCUCCGGCUGCUCCUGUCAGCAGCGCUGCUGAGGCCAUUUGCAGCACACGGCUCACACGUGAGUGUGUGAGGAAACACACACCAGAGGGAGCCGCUUCCUGAGCAGCUCCUGCAUUUUCCCUGAGAAUGGACCCCGGAGACCCCGAGGAAAGGCCUGCUGCCGCUGACCCCGCCGCUGACACCACUGGUGGCCAGGACCCGCGCCUGUUCCUGCAGACCCUGCAGACGCUGUGGUCCACUAGGGAGCUGCGACAGCUCCGGGAGGAAGCCUGGAAGGGGUUUGCCACCCUGGAUGACCCGCUCGCCACUCUCCUGGACAUGCUGGACGCCAGCCGGGGCUUCAGGGGGCGGGGCCCCUCACUGGAGGCCUGGGUGGCCCGCGAGCUGGAGCGCUGGCUGCAGGCACAGCCGCGCCCGGGGCCCACCCAGGGCGACCCAGCACUGAAGCCGCUGCAGGUCCGUGCAGUCCGGCUCCUCACUGAGGGCCCCCUCAGCCUAGUGGAGCCGCUGGUCAGCAUCUUCCAGCUGCAGGACGCAGACCGGAGCCCCGUGCUGGCUCACAUUCACCGGCUGCACCAGGAGGGCAAGUUCAAAGAGGCCAUCGUGCUGGGCACGAAGCUGCAGCUGCAGGCAUAUCUCGACGUGGAGAAGAUGUGUGUGCCCCUGCUCCUGCAGGACAAGGUGGACCUCGUAGAGCGCUACGUGGACAGCUUGCCCCACCUCCAGCGGAGGCUGCUGACCCUCAUGGACUCCUGGUGCCAGCCCGGCUUUGACAUCAGGGUCGUUGCCAGGCGGUACCUGCACGUGCCCCUGCGGCUGGAGAGGCUGAGCCCCAGAGCCCUGGGUCGGCAGGUGCUGCGGCUGCUGGAGCAGUUCGGCCUGGAUCCCGCCCUGUGUCCCAGCAUGCUCGCUCAGCAGCGCCUGGCUGCCCUGCGGUACCUGUGCUACAAGCGGCUGGUGGAGAGAAGCAUGUCCCAGGAGAGCUGGGCUGAGCUGGUGCAGGGCCUGGUGGCGCAGGACGAGUGGCUGCAGGAGCAGCUGCUACAGCUGCUGGCCUCUCAGGAUGAUGUGGCCAUGGCCGCCCAGUGUGCCCUGGACCUCUCGUUGCCUGAGGAGCGACUCCCAGCCACAGUAGUGGCAGAAAUGAGCCAACUCAGGCUCCAGGAGGGGACGGCCAAGGCACCUUCAGAGCACAGGCGGGACGACUGCUACCAGCUGCCCAUCGCCAGGGAGGACAUCUACUUCCUGGCCUCCUGGGAGGACCUGGCCAGGCACGAGGACGCGCUCCUGCAGCCGGGUCAGGUGGUCGGUGUGGACCUGGAGUGGAGACCGUCUUUCGGCGCGGGCGGCCGGCCCCGGGUGUCACUCAUGCAGGUGGCCGUGGCGGGCCGUGUGUUCCUGCUGGACCUGCCCCAGCUCUCGAGUCCCGCAGGAGGGCAGGCGCCCCGGGCCUUCUCCCAGCUGGUGUCCCGGCUGCUCUCAGACCCCUCCAUCACCAAGCUAGGUUAUGGGAUGGCGGGGGACCUGCGGAGCCUGGGUGCGUCCUACCCAGCCCUGGCGCAGGCCGUGCAGAAGCUGCAGGGGGGCCUGGACCUGCUGCAGGCGCACAGACAGAUGCGGGUGGCGGACAGGCCAGCCCCAGCUGUGGACGGGGCGGCAGGGCCGCGAGGCCUUAGCCUCCUGGUGCAGCAGGUGCUGGGCAAGCCCCUGGACAAGACGCAGCAGCUCUCCAACUGGGACCGGCGGCCGCUGGGCGAGGAGCAGCUGGUCUAUGCAGCUGCAGAUGCCUAUUGCCUGCUGGAGGUGUACUGGGCGCUAUGCAGAGAGCCUGCCCGCUUCCACCUUCCGGGGGCCCUGCCCUGGAGCCUGGGGCUGGGAUGCAGCGAGAGAUGCGGGACUCAGGAGCCGCCCCUGCAGAAGGUCUCAGCCUCCCCCCGGCAAGUAUGCUCACCUGAGGACGCAGCCCCCGAGGUCCCGGCCCAGGCCUUCCGCGUGGUGUGUGACAAUAUGCUGGGGGGGCUGGCGCGGACCCUCCGCUGUCUGGGCGUCGACGUGAGGGUGCUGCACUCAGGCGAGGACCACCGGCAAGCCGCUGAGUGUGGUGUUUCCCAGGCUCGUCUGCGCUGUGGCAUCUGUCAGUGCUUCACUCCUUUUUACAACCAAAUAACAUUCCAUCGGAUGGACCACAGCGGAUCCAUCCACUGGCCGCUAAUGGACACCCAGGCUGUUGUGACUUGUGCAGCCACGAAAGAGCACAGAGGUGGCCAGGUUGCCAGGCAGGAGGGGAGGGUCAUCCUGACCGCAGGGCUGCCAUACCACAAGCUCAGGGCCCAGGUUGGGGCUGGGCGCUGCCUGGCGGUGGACUGCUCCCUCAAGGCCCAGCAGCAGGCGAAGGCCGUCAUCAGGCAUUUCAACGUGCGUGUCACCCCUGCGGACAUCUUCAGCCGCUGCCAGGCCUGCAACUGUGACCAGUACCUGAGGGUCUCCAAGGACGUGAUGAAGCAGCUGGUGCGGCUCAGCGUCCACCCAGGAGGCCCCGGUGGUGCCGGCAGUGAGGCCCCCCACAGCGAUGGUGAGCAGGAGACAGGCUCAGCCCUGGAGGAGGCCCCCGAGGGCUGCACCUAUGACCCCCCUUGCCGUUGGCUGGAGGACACGGACCUGCAGACCCGCGUGCCAGCCACGCUGGCCAACGGCACCCGGCUGCAGCUGGCGGGCAUCCCAGCAGGCGUGCUGCGGCGGCCCAGGCUGCAGCAUUUCUACUGCUGCACCGGCUGCGGCAAAGUCUUCUGGGAAGGCUCCCACCUGGCCCGAGUCACCAGCAACUUCCAAGAGGUCCUGGAGGGCACCCCCCGCCCAGCCAGCGGCCCCUCCUGAGAGAGGGACCCAGGCCGCCCGGGGUAAACGUGCAGAAGCUGCACAGGUGGUGGCUGUGGGCUCCUUCCUCUGGGCUCCGCUCCCACCACGCCCCGCGCUCGCCACCCCCUCGCAGCCUGAGGGCUGGACCCAGGUGGCCCCCCAAACCUGCUGGAGCUCAGUGGGUGGGAGGUGCUGUGGCCGUUCCCAUCACCUCCUCCACCAGGCACCCCCCAGGGCGAGGGCCAGGGCCCCAGGCCCCCGGGACAGGGUCUUCCCUGCUUUCCCCCAGCGAAGCCAGCCAUGGGACUCCCCCGGGACGUCAGACUCCAGCGAGCACGGGAGGUGGUCCUGGAGGACAGACAGGCCCCUGCCCAGCCAGGCCAUGACCCUGCGUGGCCUCAGCCAUCGGGCUGGGCGGCCCCCGCUCAGGUCUUCGCCAUGCAGAAGGCCCUGAACACACGUGCGUUGGAGCCUCAUCGUCACAAGGCAGGAAGUAGCUGCCCUCUCGCCCAGGGAGACACAGGCUCAGACCCCGCGCUGACCCCCGGGGGGGGGGGGGUGGCUCAUGCGAGCAGUGGGCCUGGGCCCAGACCACGGCCUGCCCUCGCCUGCCUCCCCCUGGCUCAGCCCCAGGAAUGCGCACCCACCCUGGCCCACAUCCCUUUCCUGUCCUUCCUGCCCAGAACGGAAACCAGCACAGAUUUGGCCGCGGGGCCGGGCGUCUGCACCCUCUGCCCCGCCCCCGUGUUCCUGACCACACCAGGGACGGCCAUGGCCUCUGAGCCCCCCGGGGUGUAGCCCCCGCCGUGUGUUGGGCACAGACCCACUCAGCCCCCCAGCAACGCUGGGCCUCGCUGGGCCAGGGCACAAUCCACAGAUGGGUCGGCCCGCCUGGGGUCGAGGGCAGUGUGCUGGGGCUGCUCUGCCCACCGGACUCCCCUCUCCCCUGAGGUCACUGGGCCUGGGCUGGGCAGGGGUGCCAGGGUGAAUGGGUCCCCAUGGGGGCAGGGACCCUCUGCAGCUGGGGUCCCGCUUCCAGGAGCAGGACCUCCGGCCCCAUGUCCUGUCCUGGGACAGCAGCCCCGACCACUCCUCCCCCGCAGGGUUAAGAGGAAGCAGGGUAGGGGGGUCCCAGCCAGCUGCGUCCUGGGGACUCUGCCCUGACCCGCGGCCCCGGACAGACAGAGGCCAGCCGAGCCAUGUCCUUCCAGGCCCCCAUGUGGGUCCGCCCCAGCCCCGCCCAGCACUCCACGGAGAGGAGAGGACAGCUGAGCAGGACCCCGUCCUCAGGCCUCAUGGCCCCGGCCCCGCCGGGCCUGCCUCCCGCCCCCCGCCCUCUGCUGCCAGGCUGGCUGCCUGCGUCCGUCCGUCCAUUCGUCCGGGGACUCCAGACUCACAGGCUCACUGCUAGCCCAUCCAGGCCCCGGCCCCCUCCCUGGCCCUCGGCCUGCGGGAAGCACCCUCCGCGCCCCGUGACUGCCCGGCCCGCUCUGGGCUAGGGGUCAGACGCUGGGCCGGCAGAGUGGGCUGCGCCCGGGUGCCAGGCCUCGGGGACUGUCUGCCGCAGUUCCUGCCCCGGGCUCCUUCCUCCGCGGCCGCUGGCCCGGGGCUGGUGUUUGUUAUUUGAUCUCUAUCCUCGCGCCCUUCUACCAGGUGUCUGGGCUGCUGGGAAGAAACGCUCUCCUCUUUCCCACGCUCCCCGACACAUUUUAAUGAAUUAGCUAGAAGCCCCGCCCCGCGGCCCGCAGCCCGCUCAGCCUCCCUCCCCUGCCGAGCACGUUAAGGUGGCUUCGGCCUCCUGUCUCCGGCCAGUGCCCCUCCCGCGCUGUCCUCCCCGCCGCCCCACCCAGUCCUCCCCAGCCGGGGAGGGGGGGAGGCUUCCUGUCACCCACUGCUCUGAGCCUCUAAAGGAAAGGGGUCCCCCAGGGGAGGAGGCCAUCCUCCAACCCUGGACUCCUCCUGGGGCCGCACCCCUGGGCCAGCUCCCAGGAGGACAUCGGUUUAGCCUGGUAGUCAGCGUUGGGCCUGUCACCCCAGAUCCAAGGUUGAGGGCUUCUCCUUCCCAGCCAGUGAGCCCCUUGUCUGUUUGUGUAAAUGACAUCACGAAUGCCACAGACACUGGGGGCUUCUCCAAGCCCCAGGACAGGGCCUGGCAGGGUCCCCAACCCCCGCCUCCCCACCCAGCACAUCAUUUGGAACAAAUGUCCUCCUUUUGGACACGUCCUUCAGCAAACAUCAGGAAGUGCCUCCUGGAGCCAGCGCCCCCCAUGCCCCUCUCUGGUCCCGUCCUUGGACGGGGCAGCUCCGGGCACACGGUGUGUGGACCACAGCCACCGAGCACAGUUCCCCUCGGCCACGGAGGAGCAGGAGCCAUGGGCUCCCCGCGGACAGGGUGGCCAUCACCCUGGCCCCACAGAUGAGCAGAGGGCUGGGGGCUGGGUGACCACAGGGCUACACCUGUCUGACCCACACUCUGAGGCCAGGGUCGGGGCGGCGGGGGGGGGGCAGCAGCGACCUCAGGCUGGGCUCCUGUGGCCUCUCUGGCCACACCGUCCCUGCCCGGGGGCACCGAGCUGACAAUUUCAUGCCCCGAGGUGGUGGCCUCGCGUUCCCACACUGAGCUCACAGGGCCCCUUUGUCUGCCGCCCGCUGCGGUGUCAAUGGGACUUUUCUCCCAGGCUCUGCUCCCGGGCCCAGCGGGGUCUCCAGACGCUCUUCUCCAGGCCAGGGGGGCCUGAGCCCCCCACCUGGGUGGGGCCUCGCUCUGUGAACCCACCACCUUCUGGGGAUGGGCCUGGGCGCAGCCGGGCCUGGCAGAUACACAAAAAGCACAGACGCAGACCCGUCCUCAGAGUGCCAGCCCCUCCGUGCCACUCCGGGGAGCGGGUGCGGGGUGGCUGGGGUCCCCCGCAGGUCUCAGCUCUACACAGGGUCACCCCUUCUCACUCCGGAGGUGGACAUGGGCCUCCCUCCCAACCACAACUCGUCUCUCGGGCUGGUGGGGAGGGCGGCUGGAGGUGGGCAGGGAUCCCCACUCUCAAGGUGGUCAGCUCAGCAGCCACUGACCCCAGACCCCCUUACUGGGCCCAGGGACGUGUCUUUGCAGGAUAAGUGGGCAAAGGAGGGGCUCCCCAAAGCAGCAGCACCCCAGUCACGCCAGGGCCAGGCUGAGCACAGGACCUGGGCCGGGUCUGUGCUCAGCUCAGGGCAUAACCACCUGCAUACUGGGGAGCAGAGCUGAGAAGGGGGGCUGGACCGCCAGCCUCAGGAAGAACAGAGCAGGGGCCUGGGUGGCCCUGGCCACCGGAAGGACCCCAAGGUGGGGCAGCCAGGGUCUGAGGUCUUGCCUAGUUCGUUCCGCGGUUUGGCUGUGACUUCUCCCAGGUCACAGAGUGGGGGUGGGCACUUCACCCACGUGGGUCUCCAGGCCUAGGGGACAUGGGACAGACACCCACCCAGUUCAUCACCAAACAGGGCCUAACAGGGUGGUCUCCCCAGCUGCCUCCUGGGAAUCCCCAGCGGCCUCCGAAGGAAUUCCAGUGGCUGCAGUCGCCCUGGGCCAACUGCUCUGAGGUUCAUUCCUCCUUAAUUUCCAACGACCGCGGCAGAGCUAUAAACUGUGAAAUUCUAAUGAGGAAAUUUGGCGGCAGUGUUAGAGUGUCAAUAAAAAGCAGGUUUACUGUUUAGAA